AUGGAUGUGAAUGCGUUUUAUCUGGAGAACGUCAGUAUUAAUAACGCCGCGUUCUUCAAUGACAGCAGGAACAUCACGCUCUUACCGUAUUAUCAGCAUUCUCUGGCGGUGGCCACUCUCUUUAUUCUGGCGUAUGUUCUCAUCUUCUCGCUGUGCAUGGUGGGAAACAUCCUGGUGUGUUUCAUCGUGCUGAAAAACAGACAAAUGAGAACGGUCACAAACAUCUUCAUCCUGAACCUGGCCAUCAGCGACGUGUUAGUGGGCAUCUUCUGUCUCCCCAUCACGCUGGUGGAUAACCUCAUCACAGGUUGGCCGUUUGAUGUGUUGAUCUGUAAGAUGAGUGGUCUGGUUCAGGGGGCUUCAGUCUCUGCGUCAGUCUUCACACUGGUGGCCAUCGCAGUGGAGAGGUUCCGCUGUAUCGUUUAUCCCUUUCAGCAGAAGUUGACUCAGCGUCAGGCCAUCAUCACCAUCGCCUUCAUCUGGGCUCUGGCCGUGGCCAUCAUGUGUCCCUCGGCGGUCACGCUGACGGUCUCUCUGGACCUCCAGCACAUGACGGUGGAUCGGGACGACAUCACUCACCCCCUGUACACCUGCUGGGAGGCGUGGCCUGACCAGAGCAUGAGGAAGAUCUACACCGCCGUCCUCUUCUCGCACAUUUACCUGGCGCCCGUCGCGCUCAUCGUCAUCAUGUACACGCGCGUCGCCGUCAAGCUGGUCAGAUCGCCGGACUCCAUCCGAGACAGGCGCGCGGAGGACGAGAGCCGGCGGGUUCACAGGAGAAGGCUGAAGGUGGUGAACAUGUUGCUGAUGGUGGCUUUGCUCUUCACCGUGUCUUGGCUUCCUCUGUGGAUCGUCAUCAUGCUGACGGAUUACGGGAAUCUGACGGCCACUCAGCUGGAUCUGGUGGCCGUCCACAUCUUCCCGUUCGCUCACUGGCUGGCCUUCUUCAACAGCAGCGUCAAUCCUAUAGUGUACGGAUACUUCAACGAGAACUUCCGUCGAGGAUUUCAGGCGGCGUUUAAGCUCGGUCUUUGUCUGGUGGAGGUGCCGCCGCAACCCAGACGCAACAGCGCAUGGAAACACAACCGGGUGUUUGCGGACGGGGAGCGGGCGAGUGCGCAGGGUAACGGCAGGAGAGACAGGAGUGAUGAGUUAGUGCUGGAGGAUCUGGACUGA